AUGAUAUUAUCAUCCAUAUUUAAAUCAUCUACCACUACUACUACGACAUCAUCAUUGAUCCGUAGUAGUAAUCUAAUCUAUAGAUCUCUAUCAACAUUAAAUCUAGUCAACUCGCAGUCACAACCAUCAUCAUCAUCAUCAUCAUCAUUCACCCCUUCUACUUUAUCUUCUUCUUCUUCUUCUUCAUCUUUUUCAAUUUAUCGUCGUUUAUACUCUUCAACUCCUACUCCUAUAAUUGAUUAUACAAAAAUUAUACCAAAAGAAGGAAAUAUACCAACAAGUAUAUUAGAGAAAAGAGGUAGAUCAUUACAUAAUAGAAUAGAUCAUCCAUUAUCAGUUAUCAAGAAAAAGAUACAUUAUCAUUUCAAAGAGAUUGUUGAAGCAGAUGGAAAGACUAUAACAAGAUUCAACUUUUAUGACAACUUUGAUUCCAAAGUAACAAGUAAACAAAACUUUGAUGAUUUAUUAUUUCCAAAUGAUCAUAUUGGUCGUAGUCCAAAUGAUACUUAUUAUUUUGACGAGAAUACUCUAUUACGUACACAUACAAGUGCACAUCAAAUGGAAUUGUUACUCAAAAAGAAUCCAAAGGAUACUGCCUUUUUGGUGACAGGUGAUGUUUAUAGAAGAGAUACUAUCGAUUCUGUUCAUUAUCCAGUAUUUCAUCAAAUGGAAGGUGUUCAAACCUUUACAUUACCAAAUUCAUCAGAGACUCCAUUUAAAUUUAAUCCAAAUAAUGAUUAUUAUAAUGAUGGUCAAUAUGCAAUGGAUUCAAAUAUUCAAUUUGUUGAAAAACAUUUAAAAUCAACAUUGGAAUCGAUGAUUAGAUCAGUAAUUGGAACAAAUUUAGAGGUACGUUGGAUUGAUGCCUACUUUCCAUUUACGGCACCAAGUUGGGAGAUGGAAAUCUUAUUCCAAGGAAGAUGGUUGGAAGUAUUGGGAUGUGGAGUUGUACACCCAGGUAUUCUAAACGCAGCUGGUCGAUCUGAUGAAUAUGCAUGGGCAUUUGGUAUUGGAUUGGAACGUUUGGCUAUGAUUCUCUUUGACAUUCCAGACAUUCGUUUGUUUUGGACUGAAGAUGAUCGUUUUCAUCGUCAAUUCAAAGGAGUAGACAAGAAACCAGAGGAAAUUACAAACAUUGACAUUUCAAAAACUCGUUUCCAACCCUACAGUAAAUUCCCAUCAUGUUUUAAAGAUAUUACAUUUUGGUUACCACAACAAAAAGAUUUAUUCCACGAGAAUCAUCUCUAUGAAUUUCUUCGUGGUGAAGCUGGCGACCUCAUCGAAGAUGUUCAAUUAAUCGAUACCUUUGUACAUCCAAAAACUGGUCUAACCAGUCAAUGUUAUCGUAUCAAUUAUCGUUCAAUGGAAAGAAACCUAACAAAUGAAGAAAUUGAUCUUCAAAUGUCAAAUAUUCGUUCAAAAAUUGAAAAUAAAUUAAAUAUAAAAUUAAGAUAA